CGGACUGCAGUUAAAAAAACUGAAGCGAGAGGGAGGCUGCACAUUUUUGAAAGCCAACCAACUAUGACAAGUAUAUGACACACUCCAUCAUUUUUCUGUUGCUGAACUUGACAUUGUUAGUGAGCUGAGUUUUCCAUAUCCUCAAGCAAAGUUUUUUAAAGCUGAUUUUUCUGUAAUCCUAAUCAUAUCUUUUUUCUUUGGUGUGUUUUGCACACAUCUACUGAGAUGAGUCUUCUGACAGCUGCCCUACUAUUUUCUUUACUUGAUUCCAUUUCCUGUGUUCAGUUCGUUGCACCCCUGAACAUGAGAGGAGUCACAGGAUAUGUGCAGUUUAACUCCACCUCCCAGACAGCCGUUGUCCAAGUGUCUGGCACUGGAUCUUGCGGUUCACUUAACAUUUCCCUCAGCAAGUUUCCCGUAAUGUACGGCCAUUAUGCUCAGCCCUGUUCUGAAGCUAAUAUCGGCUCAAGCAUUUUCACCUUCACAGCUAAUCCAGCCUCAAACCUCACCAUCAACGUGUCACGACUCUUUGAACAAAGCUCAAACUUGGAUGACUUCUCGCUCACUUUGCAGACAUGUAACGGCACUAAAGUAUGCACAGUUAUAAGUCAAGGUCAAACACUCAUAACUCGUCAGGCCAGGUUCACCGGCCCCAUCGCUGGUAACGUGUACAUCCGCCUCAACAAUGGGCAGACCAACCCUCGAAUUCUGGCAGACCUAGUUACAAUCGGUCAGGUCAAUGCUUCACAAACCAACAUCACCCUAUUUGGAUCCACAAGCACAGCUGCAAGCUGUAAUGUUCUUCUGGGAAGCUUAGAUCCCUCGGCUUUGAUAAAUCUUGGUGUUGUACAAGUAGGAACCCCUUCACAGCCUGAGAAAUCUCGUCUUGACCUGACCAGCUUCAACAUGAACAAUGGCUUUCUUCUUAUUCAUAUGGAAUCAAGUUACAAGUGUGCUCAGAUUUACUUUGUACCAGAGAAACAGGUGAGCGCUGUUAUGAAUAUGAGAGGGAUCAAGGGAUACUUCAGCUUCCGUCAGGCUUCCCCGUUUGAUGUGACAGAGUUGAGGGUAAACCUAACUAAUUUAGAGAACAGAGUUGGCCCUUUCCAUGUCCACAAUUUUCCCCUCCCCUCAGUCAGGUCUCCUCCAUCAAGCAUGUGUUCAAAUGAUAAUGUGGGUGGCCACUGGAAUCCAUUUGGUGUCGACACGAGUGACCCAACAUACCCAACAAUGCCUGGUUCUACACACGACACAUAUGAAACUGGUGACCUCAGUGGCAAACAUAUGUCUCUUGCAGGUCAAAACGAGGUGAACAUGGUGUUCAAGGACUUCAACCUGCCUCUUUUUGGACAGAACAGCAUUGUAGGCCGCUCUGUUGUAAUUCACAAAACGGAUGGUGCCAGGUUUGUUUGUGCCAGCAUAGGCUAUCCUGGUGAAGUGAUCGCGGCCAGAGCUAUAUUUCAGAGCCCUGUAGUUGGUGAGAUCUGGUUCACCCAGCUGAAAGACAACCCUCUGUCUGACGUAUCUAUUUUCAUGGACUUAUCAUAUGGAAAUCCCACAAUGACACCAACCAAAAACCACAACUGGCAUGUUCACAAAUAUCCCAUCAGCUCAGAGAGGGAUGAUGAUGAAAGGCGCUGCAGCACAACAGGAGGACACUGGAACCCCUUUAAUAUUAGCACAGAAGAUAGCAGCUAUGCCCUGCACUGUGGUCCAUCCAGUCCCUUAUCCUGUGAGGUGGGAGACCUCGCUAGUAAACACAGCACCAUCAACCUUAGCCCAAGAGUGGGCGGAGUGGAGGCAAAAAACUUCUUCACUGAUGUCACUUCCUGGUUGCAAGGGUCAGGAAUUAUUGGCCUUUCUGUGGUCAUCCAUCAAGCAGAAAGAGGAGGUCCGAGGAUUGCUUGCGCCAAUGUCACAAUGGCGCGGGUCCCCAAAGCUAGCUUAGGUAGCUGGUUUGGCCCAGAGAUGUCCAAUGGCCAGGUGCAAUUUUCCCAGGCUGUCCCACAAGGCCCCACAACUAUAAAUGUCUCCCUGAUGAAUCUGAACUCCUUAGCUGGAGGUUACCACAUUCACAUUCUGCCCCUCAAACCUGGUAGCGUAGAGCCCUGCUCCAAUGCCAACAUCCUGGGCCACUUCAACCCCUUAGCCUGGAACACAUCAAACAGUCCCAUGCCUGGAACUGGCACAGUGGACCAGUAUGAGAUAGGGGAUAUCAGCGGGAAGUUUGGAAUGCUGAAUAACCUCAACCAAUUGCAGGCUGUAUACAUGGACCCUAACAUGCCAUUAACUGGACCCUACAGCAUAGUGGGAAGGUCACUGGUGGUUCACUACUCCAAUGGAUCAAGAAUGCGGUGCGCUGACGUCUUAGCUGACAGAGAUACAGAUGGACAAUGGACAAUUGCCAAGGCUGUUUUCAAUGGUACAGUGACUGGGACAGUCAAUCUGCGGCAGCAGAUGUUUCCUGAUGGGAGUAGCAGUGAUAUCACACUGGAGAUUGACCUUCAGUCAUCAACAAGGCAAAAUGCAACUGUGAUAUCCUUGUUCAUCAACCAAAUGGGCGCCAACAGCAGUCAGUGCAACAGUGUGGGAGGCACAUUCAAUCCCUUCAACAUGACAUCAAUGAGCUCCAGCUGUUCACUAGAAACCCCUCUGAGCUGUGUGGUGGGAGAGGUAUCGACAAGACAAGGUCCAGUCAGCCUGACUCAGAGACAGGUCUACACUGACAGCAUCAUCCAGCUCUCUGGAGACAACACAGUGGUCCACAGAUCACUAGUGCUGAAGAAUGGAGACAGCAUCAUCGCAUGUGCUGACAUCCUCCCACAAUCCCCUUCAGCAGAGCAGACCUUUCCCAAUGUGGCUAACUUCAGCAGAUAUGACUUCCGUAGCAGAGUUGCAAGCGUCCUUCAGUUGGAAACAGCAAGAGUCACCAUCCUGCCCAACUCUCCCCGCUCUGUAGCUGAUGGGAAAUGCCAACAAGUCAACUUUAUGGUAUCUGGGGAUGUGAACAAUGAGCUUCUGACGUCUGUCAAAACCAGCGAGAAGAUGGGCGUGUUCCAAUACUCUGACACAUGUACAAGAAGUGGAGGUCUGCAGCUGGUACCAGGAAGUCUCCUUCUGGGCUUGACGUUUGCUGUCGCCUUUCUGCUGCCAUCUACUGCUUAUUUAUAGCUCAGAGGCUCAGCCUGCAUCAUCAGUGGAGAUACAUGGAACCUCAUAUUGUCAAACUGUGAAUAUGUUCAUGAAAUGUAGCCCACCAGGUGAUAUGAUGAUCAUCCUAUUAAUUAUCAGGCAAAUAAUAACUUCCUCCUACAAGGUUCUUUUUUUUUUGUCAACCAAUGACAGUUGCUAUGUUACAUUUUACUUUUUAUAAUAAUCAUUUUUAGGCAACAAGCUAAUUGCUCAGCUUAGCCUUUAUAGAAGUUCAUUUUUCUGCAACAGAUAUUGCUAAUAUUUUAUUAAUUUGGACUGUUAAGCGGGUUGGUGAAGUAAAUGCUAUAUAUUUUCAGAUAUCCAGACUGUUUUCUUCAUGUAUGCAUUAUUCAUAUUCAUUCAUUCAUAUGUUCAUGUCAAAACUUUGUGUAAAUAUCUGGAAAAU